GCCGCGGCCGGGCCGGGGCCAGAGCGGCGGACGCGGUGCCCGCGGUUGCAGCCGGAACCCGGGCGCUGUAGCUCGGAGAGGCGGCCCUCCGGAGAGCGGCGGCCGCAGAGACACCCAGCCCUAAGCCCCGGCUCCCGAGCGCCGCGGCGCAUCGCGCUCCAGGGCAGACGCGGAGGGGAGCGGCCCAGAGGCGCGACGCUGGGGGCCCGCGGGCGCGGUCGCGCGCCGCCGGGCGGGAGGCUGGGGGGCCGGGGCCGGGGCCGUGCCCCGGACCGGGUCGGGGGCCGGGGCCGGGGGACGGCGGCUCCCCGCGCGGCUCCUGGGGCGCGGGCACCCCGGCACGGCCCUGGGGGGGCCAUGGCAGCCGGGAGCAUCACCACGCUGCCCGCCCUGCCGGAGGACGGCGGCAGCGGCGCCUUCCCGCCCGGCCACUUCAAGGACCCCAAGCGUCUGUACUGCAAAAACGGGGGCUUCUUCCUGCGCAUCCACCCCGACGGCCGAGUGGAUGGGGUCCGGGAGAAGAGCGACCCUCACAUCAAACUGCAACUUCAGGCAGAAGAGAGAGGGGUUGUGUCCAUCAAAGGAGUCUGUGCAAACCGCUAUCUUGCCAUGAAGGAAGAUGGAAGAUUACUGGCUUCUAAAUGUGUUACGGACGAGUGUUUCUUUUUUGAACGAUUGGAAUCUAAUAACUACAAUACUUAUCGGUCAAGGAAAUACUCCAGCUGGUAUGUGGCACUGAAACGAACUGGGCAGUAUAAACUUGGACCCAAAACAGGACCUGGGCAGAAAGCUAUACUUUUUCUUCCAAUGUCUGCUAAGAGCUGAUCU